ACGACGUUUCACAUACUACACAUUCACGACAUUUAAAUUGUAUUUUUAGCAGAUUACUGAUCCAAAACACUUGUGUGUUGAUGUGCGUUGAUGUGUGUAUGGAUUAUUGUGUAUAAAACACGUGGAGAUCUAAACUACAUAAUUUUUAUGCACUGACAUAAUGGCAGAGCCUGAAACAGAAAUCCUGGAAAUAACAGCAAAUGAAGACACCGGGUUACACAGAGUUGUAGAUUUUAAUGCUAAAUAUUAUAAACAGAAAACAGACGAAAAGAUUUGCGACAGAAUUAAAAAAUAUGCUAAGAAAUACUCAUCAAUAAAUUACGUGAAGUCAUGUUUGUUUUCUAAUGUGCCUAUAAUACGGAACCUAAGAAAAUAUAACUUACGGAAAUACUUAGUGAGUGAUAUUCUCUCUGGAAUUACAGUCGGCAUCAUGCAGAUACCUCAAGGCAUGGCAUUUGGUUUGUUGACAACAUUGCCACCGAUAUGUGGAAUGUACACUGCCUUCUUUGGUCCUUUGACAUACUUUUUCUUCGGAUCAUCAAGACAUCUCUCUGUAGGGGCAGUAGCUGUAGUUAGUCUGAUGAUGGCUUCAGUGAUUGAUGUUGCAAUGCAAGAAAACAAUCUGUAUGUAAUCACAGAAAACUCAACAAAUACUUCAACAGAUGAGAUUAUUAAUAAACGAAAAAUAGAGAUAGCUACGUCAGUAUCAUUCGUGUCUGGGCUAAUCAUGAUUUUAUUGGGUAAAUUAAAGUUUGGGUUGAUCUCGACUUACAUGUCCGAGCAGUUGGUUAGUGGAUUUACGGCAGCAGUGGCAAUACACAUCACAACGAGUCAGGCAAAACAUAUUUUUGGCAUCUCUGUGCCUCAACAUAAUGGCAUAUUCAAGGUGAUAAAGACCUGGAGAGAUGUUUGUUACAACAUACCAUCCACUAACUUCGCCACACUCAUUACCACUGUGAUUUGUUUUAUCAUUCUUUACCUCGUUAAAGUUCAAAUUAAUAUGAGAUUUAAGGCCAAACUGAAGAUGCCCAUUCCUAUAGAACUCAUCAUUAUUUCCAUUGCAACUGUCAUAGCUCAUUUUGCCAAGUUCCAUCAGAAGUUUAACAUCAACAUUUUAAAAGACAUCCCAGCAGGGUUGCCAUCACCAGUUUUACCUAACCCUGUUUUGGCUACAGGGUAUGUAGCUGACGCCUUCAUUAUAGGAAUCGUGGCCUUCACCCAUUCGGUAUCUGGCGCUAGACUUCUGGCCAGGAAACAUAAUUAUGAAAUUGAUCCUAAUCAGGAGUUGGUUGCAAGUGGAGCAGGGAGCGUUGUAUGUUCAAUUUUCUCUGGAUACAUCAAUGCUGGGUCAUUAUCAAGAACUAUGGUACUAGAUGGUACGAACGGUAAAUCACAGGUACACUUACACAAUGAUAUUUCUUUCUUUGGAAUUUAG